AUGGCGGACGGACACUCUUCUCGGGCGUCUGCCUCGGGAAACACCGGGACCGAUGUCCCUUCAUCUUCCGGAGCCUCCCAGGUUCGGAAUACCGUAGCGGAGCAGUCUCCACCACCGCCUCCACCACCACCUCCACCACCACCUCCACCGUCGGCUCCCGAACCGGUGGCCCACCCUUCUCAUCCGUAUGCCCAGUUUACGGUUGAGGACUUACUAGCCCUACCAAGACGGGGGGCUUUACGACGUCUGGUUCCCGGAAAAGCGGAACCAGGCUCUUAUUGGUUUGACUUGGAUAAUUGUGUCGGUCGGAGCGUUUCCGACACAAUUAAGAGUCAUUUCGUUGAGCCGCACUACAACUGGAGCAAGGUGUCGCAAAAGACGUUCGACACCUGGUACAAGUGCUUCGCGGACAUCGGGAUCAAUGAGACGGUCCGCGAAGCUUUCCGGCUGAAGGCGCAGAAACGCCUAGUCAACACCGUUUCCGAUUGGAAGCGGAAGUGGGAGACCUAUGGAGACGACGCAAAGCCGAGCUCCAUGUCCACUUUCUGUUGGAACGGGUUGAAGGCGUAUUGGCUGGACCCGCAUGCCCAAACCACUGCGGCUAAGUGUUCGGCCGUCAGAAACCGGGUCGGUCCUAACGGUCAGAAGCAUGAGCAAGUGGCCCAAAAGCAGGAGCUCACCGAGAUGCACGGUCUCUUCGACAUCAUUGCGGAAGCGGUUCCGCAGUUGGCCACCGCAAUCCGAGCGAGGCAACAGCGAACACGAGGAGUCUUUGAGACCGGUGGUACUUCCGGUACUGGACCAUCGGACCAGCAGACGCAGGGUCAGUCUUCGGCUCCGGUAGUGCAGACGGGAAACAACGGUCCAGCAGCGACGGACGGCCAAGACGGAGAGCUUCCUCGUGACGUCGAUCUCAACCUCGACGAUUACGAAAUCACAUUGUAG